AUUUUUAACGAUUACAUCCAAGCCACCUAAGUAUAAGAAUAUUUUGAGCCUACCCAAAGUAAUUAAUGGAAGGUCAUGAAGUAGAACAGGUUUCUUCAGUUACGCAUCUUGAAAUCUAUCGACACUGCGUGUUUAAAGCUGUUCAUAUAAGAUCAAAGCGGCGGUUAUUUGUCGUCUCACUGUAACCGGGAUAAUUGAUCAAAUUCGCCAACCACGAUGGAUCUUAUGCUACCAGAAAAGUUCCAGCACAUUCUUCGUGUUAUGAAUACGAAUAUUGAUGGUCAACUGAAAAUAAUGUAUGCCAUAACUUCAAUUAAAGGUGUUGGCCGACGCUAUGCCAACGUAGUAUGUAAAAAAGCUGAUAUCGACCUUAACAAGCGUGCUGGUGAACUAACUGAAGAUGAGGUUGAAAAGCUUGUAACAGUUAUGAGUAAUCCAAGGCAGUAUAAGAUCCCUGAUUGGUUUCUAAACAGACAGAAAGAUGUCGAUGAUGGCAAACACUCACAAUUGAUGUCUGGUGCUUUGGAAACUAAGCUGCGUGAAGAUCUUGAGCGAUUAAAAAGGAUAAGAUCUCAUCGGGGUAUACGUCACUAUUGGGGAUUGCGAGUUCGUGGUCAACACACAAGAACAACUGGACGACGUGGACGAACAGUUGGUGUAUCUCGAAAGAAAUAAGUGAAUAAAAAUUUGUUACGGAAA